GAGAUCUAUCGGUGUUUUCCGGCUUAUUGUAGCUUUUGUUGGCGAGAUGACGGAUAGCAGGAUUGCUCGCAACAGCAGCGACAUGAUGCCCCCUCCCGACCUCCCACUGGGGUAUUCGCAGCAGCCCCAGCAGCAGGAGAACAACAACACCCAGGUGGACGAGGCGAUGGGUGGCGGCGGAUACGACAUGUGCACCCCCAUGGGUCAUCCCCCCGUGCCACUCAACUGCUACGCCCGCAGGAUGGGCCAGUCGGGCUCCGCCAUGAUGGAGAAGAUGGACCAGAAAAAGUAAGUGUGUGACCUGACCAGCCAGCCAGCCAGGAGAGAGGAGAACGAAGAGACCACACACAUCUCAUCUGACCACAAACCUCAUUUCUUAUCUGUGUUGUGUUCAGGAAGAUUCGUGAGCAGGCACGCAAGAAGGACGCCCGCGGGUUCCUCGAAGCGCCGCCGUUCCUCUUCUCGUCGACGGGCGGCUUCCGCCCCAACGACAAGCCGCCCUACGACGACGCCACCGUGCCGCGCAUCGAGCGGCACUUCCGCUUAGCGGGGUGGGAGCGGUCUGUGCAGGAGCGGGUGGUGGAGGGCGUUAACUACGUGGACGGGCAGAAAUACGCACUGCGCUUCAUCGACAAGUUUAAAGGUCAGUGGGACGGGGAGGGUGAUGGACGGGAGGACGAGAGGACGAGAGGGGGCUGGAGGUGUGGUGUGGUGUGGUGUGUGCAGGUAGCGCUGCUGUGAAGGCGUUUGGUGCGUUGGGCAGGGAGGGGAGUCGGGCGGACUGCCCGUUUGUGAUCCGCUUCUUCUCGGCGUGGGGCACUGGUAGGUCGCUCUCUGUCUGUCUGUGUGGGAGGGGAAAUGUGCACAUGUGUGGUGUGGGUGUGGCGCGGUGUGGUGCAGAGGACGAUAGGUUGGUGCUGCAGUUCGAGCCCUAUCUGCCCAUCGAGAAGACCAAAGUCGCACACGACAGGAUGCUUGAGGUGAAAUCGACACUCUCAUCCAUCACACAAACACAACACACCAGCGGACGGACGGCUCGAUAGUUAGCUGGAUGGAUGGAUGGCUGUGCCUGUGUGCCUUGCGUCAGAUCUUCCCGCCGAUGUUUUACCAGUACCUGCACGCCCUCGUCUUCAUCCACUUCCACAGCCACGUCGUAGCCAACAUAUGCCCAGGUCACACCACACCACACCACACCACACCACCCUGCACCGCACACCGAUCCCCCACCUGUCAAUCUGUUCCUUCUUUCCCAUCAGCCCACCUCGGCAUCGCCGCGAACCGCCGGGCGUCCAUCAUCACCGACCUGAGCCAGGCCCGCCACUUGGACUCCGGCAACUCUUCGGUGCAGUUGAGCGAGGAGGAAAUGCAGUACGCUGAUCCCCAGAGGAGCCCGAAGGACGGCUCCAUGCGGCUCAGCUUCACACACACAGAGAAGGUGGGCUGAUGGCGGGGUGGGCUGAUGGUCGGGUGGGGUGCAGGGUGUUGGUGUGUUGGUGUGUUGGUGUGUUGGUAUGUAUGUUGGUGUGUGGUGUGGGUGUGUGUGUUGUCAGAGCGACAUCUACAGUUUGGGUGCGAGUGCUUACACCAUCAUUACGCAGAAGAAGCUGCCGACGGACGCGGAUAAGCUCGAGGUCGGUGUGCCAGAGAAGAGAGAGAACACAUGAAUGAAACAUCCAUCUGCGGCAUGUGUGGUUGCGGUUGUUGUGGUGGUCUGUAUGUCAGCACGUGCACACGUCUGGCGACAUCGAGAAGGACCUCAAGGCAAGCGGCAAAAUCAAUGACGCCAUCGUAGAGCAGGUGAGCAUGACCCCUCACCCCACCCCUCCACACCUGCAGCAUGGGCGAAUGUAAUGGCUGCAGCUGUUGCUGAUGCUGCACCCGACGCCUACGGAUCGCCCCUCGGCCGAGGAGGUCCUGUACAAGCUUCGCCCCGACCUCCUCCCCCCCCGCCCCGAGCCCGUCUGCCUGCCACCCCAGACAGAGCGAUACGUGCAGACGUACUGCAAUGACGAAAUCUGUGGCGUAGUCAAGACCAAAGGUCAGCACAGCACACAGAAUGCAACACAACACACAACACAACACACAGAUGCCUCUGGACACCCACCUGCUGCUGUCACUCACCUGCAUGUGUUCAUUCCAUUCAGAUGAGGCGAGCCCGUCGCACGGCCGCAGCCAGGCGAGCCAGAUGCUGUACGACCUCCCCUGCACCCCGCAGGCCAUGCGCGACCUCGCCGCCGAGAUCGACCAGGACGUCGCCGACAAGGCACCCGGCGUCAACCGCGUGGUGGGCGGCGAGCGGGCCCGGCUGUUUGUGCAUGAGAUGGGGGGCGGGGCGGGGGCGGGGGACGGGGUGGGGGAGCCCGCCCACAAGAAGGCACACAAGGAGGGCGGCGAUGGGCACAACUAGUGAUAGAGGGAUGGAUGUGUGUGAGUGAGUGGGUGAGGGUUCGGACAGGCAGAUAGAACGGCUUGGGACGGGCCAGGACGGGUGACUGACUGAUUUGUUGACGACAGUGAGGGAAUGGUUUGUUUACCUACCGGCCUAUCACAUCAACCAAACACACAUGCAGCCACUGG